AUCAACACACUCUUCCUCGCUCUUCAGCAUACAAACUUCAUAUACACCUCUCACAAAUCCCAAUACCCUUACUCAACCAUCAUGCCUCGCAACGGAGACGGAUCCUCUGACAACGGCCCCAUUGAGGGUCAGGACAUCAUCCACGGCAACUCUGGUGACGCCACCCUGCAGCACGCGAAAAACAACGUCGCUCCCAUGCCCGAGAUCGAGAAGGGCGAAGGAAUCGAAGGCAUGAAUGCUUCAGGCGGUGGUGACAUGCCGAAGAAAGGCCAUACCGGCCAAGGUGCGCCAGCAUCCGACUCGAAUAAGCCCGCGCCUGUCGACCAGGUUACCAAGUAAACUCGCCCCUACCAGCCAGAGAGAGAAAUAGCGAAAGGGAUGGACAGCGAAUACAGCAUUAGGCCGUUGGAUGUGCAGGCUACAGAACAACAAGCAAGGGAGUGAUAAUCCAUCGCGGCCACCGAGUGACAUCGGCCGACCAGCGUGCAUGCGAGUCCAGUCGAGCCUAGCCUAGCCCCCCACAGAUAACGGAAUGAAUAUAGCAAAAAUGUAAAAUCCGCAUCGACAAA